AUGUCGAGCGACGACGACGACGACGCCACGCAGCUGCACAGCGGCUAUCAUGGCUGGAUGAAGACGAUCGCCCAGACGCCGCAGGACUGUACCCCCGUGCGAAUUGGAGAUGCUACUGUGGCGACAGCAGUGGACUGCUCGAGUGACUCGAGGUCUGCAUGGAACAGUGCAGGCACUUGGGAAGAACGCGACAAAUCCGAGUGGGCGCGAGAGCGCCUGAAACACCACAUUUUGACGUCCUUUAGCUUUGAUGGUGGAGCAGAAGGACUGUGUGUCAAGGCCACUUCUAUUGUACGCUGUGACGGAGAAGCCAAGGUGGUGUUUAGUCGCGGGAAGAAGCGCUGCGGUUACGAGCUGUCGGUCAAGUUUUCGUGGGCGAGUGGCGAUGUCUCGGGCCAUAUCGAGUUGCUCGACUUCGACGACACGAGUGCCGAUGAGUUUGAGAUCGUUGUUACGGCAGAUGGUAGCAGUCAACGCGACGUCGCUGCGAAGAAGGCUGUUAUUGACAGGGAGCCGGAGCUGCGCAAACUACUUGCGUUGUGGAAGGAGGAGCUACUGCAGCAAUAA